UCACGCACCAGACUUCUCACUUUAGCUUUGCCUUUUGGAUUUAAAAGAUCUCUUCGGGUUUUUUUUUUUGUUUUUUUUUUGUUUUGUUUUUUGUUUUUGUUUUUUUGUUUUUGUUUUUUUGUUUUGUUUUUUUUACUGCCAAAGCGCACGGUGUUAAAAGUUCCAUUCGGCAACAGACGCAACUGUCACCAAGUGCCACCGGGUGCUUGAGCUGUCAAAAUCAUGCCUGCCGGGUUUCAGCAACUUGGAGGGGAGACGGUGACUGGAACCCUUGCUCUCUCAGUCUUCACUGCAGUUCUGGGAUCUCUUACAUUUGGAUACAACAUUGGAGUCAUCAAUGCACCUCAGAAGAUCAUUGAGGAGGACUACAAUGCUACAUGGACGCAACGAUAUGGAGAGCCCAUCCCCACAGGGACCCUCACCUCUCUCUGGUCAUUGUCCGUAGCCAUCUUCUCCAUUGGAGGCAUGCUCUCCUCAUUCUGUGUUGGUUUCAUCUCUGAGUGGUUGGGCAGGAGGAAAGCCAUGCUCAUAAACAACAUGUCAGCAUUUAUUGGUGGAAGUCUGAUGGGAAUGUCCAAGCUUUGUCGCUCCUUUGAAAUGAUGAUCCUUGGGCGUUUUGUCAUUGGUGCUUACUGUGGGUUAGCAUCUGGCUUGACACCCAUGUACGUGGGUGAGAUAGCACCAACAAGUCUUCGAGGGGCUCUGGGCACGCUGCACCAACUGGCUAUCGUUACUGGCAUUCUUAUAGCACAGAUCCUUGGGCUGGAGUCAUUGCUCGGCAGUGAGCACUUGUGGCCUGUUCUGCUGGGUUUAACUGUUGUGCCAACCGUACUCCAGAUGGGUCUGUUGCCCUUCUGCCCUGAGAGCCCUCGAUUCCUCUACAUAGUGCGCUCUCAGGAGCACCAUGCCAAGAGUGGUUUGAGGAGGUUAACGGGUCGGCAGGAGGUGGGCGACAUGCUGGCAGAAAUGAAGGAGGAAAAAAGGAGGAUGGACAUGGAGAGGAAGGUGUCCAUCCCCGAACUCUUCCGUUCCCCUCUUUACCGCCAGUCCAUCAUCAUCUCCAUCUUGCUGCAGCUCUCCCAGCAGCUCUCUGGGGUCAAUGCAAUUUUCUACUACUCUACUAGUAUCUUCAUGAAAGCGGGAGUCCAGAGUCCAGUCUAUGCCACCAUAGGAGCUGGAGUAGUAAACUGUGCCUUCACCGUGGUCUCGCUUUUCCUAGUGGAGAGGAUAGGUCGAAGGACACUUCAUAUGUUGGGACUAGGAGGAAUGUGCAUUUGUGCCAUCAUCAUGACCAUGGCUUUGGCUUUACUUGACAGCGUUCCUUGGAUGAGCUACAUCAGCAUGCUAGCCAUCUUUGGUUUUGUGGCCUUCUUUGAAGUGGGCCCAGGUCCCAUUCCCUGGUUCUUUGUAGCAGAGUUGUUUUCUCAAGGUCCCAGGCCAGCUGCCAUGGCUGUAGCAGGGUUUUCCAACUGGACUGCAAACUUCAUUAUUGGCAUGGGCUUCCAAUAUAUAGCAGAACUUUGUGGGCCAUAUGUCUUCCUGAUCUUUGCAGUACUUCUCCUCUUCUUCCUCAUUUUCACAUUCUUCCGAGUGCCAGAGACCCGGGGCAAGACCUUCGACCAGAUUGCAGCAAACUUUAAUCAGCACUCAGCGGGAGGCAUGAUGGAUAUGGACAUGGACCUGGACAAACCCAGCACGGAGCUCGACUAUUUGGGGGAGGACAACAUCAACUGAAGAGGUCCUUUCAAAAAUAAAACUAAAUCGAACAAAACUGGAAUUGAGUACAACUUCAGAGGAACUUCGUAUAAGGGCCCCUACUCUAAACUUAUUUCUUACAUCUACUGAAUUCAUAUUAAUUGUGGUGCCAAAGCAGUGUUGCGUGUGACAAUUUAGGUGUUUUGGAAUCGUCCUUGGCUGGUACCACUGUAGUACAAGAGUAAUGGUUACAAAUUUUGUCUUGACAAAGGCUUCAAAUCUAAGGGUUAAAGACUGACCAUUGUACUUGAACAAUAUGGACUGUUGAGGCACUGACUGCUGCUGUAGUAGGAUGUUAUUCCAUGCUUAUGCACUUGGAAGUAUUGAUGGAUAGCAGAGGAGACACUUUGGAAUUCCUGCACUUUAACAAAGACAUCCAAAGUUUUCCAAGUUUGGGGAUAAAUAAAGAAGUUGAUGCAACUUGCCCAGCUUCACUUAAGUUGGGAACACAAAUUAUUUUGACAAUAUUUAACUUUAGAGAAAUAGGUCCUUAAAUAUCAAAAAGGUCCAACAAAAUGUUAAACACACAAAAUUGGCACUGUGUAGUUUAAAGUGCAGUGUUUAUUUGUUUUAGAAUCAGGUCUCUUUUUAGAUCAAGACAUGUAUCUGUACAGGCAGAGCUGUUAAAUUUGUAGAAUCACAUCUAUGCUUUGAAAUUAAGGACCUAAUUAAUAAGCCAGCUGUCUAGUGAACUACAACUGAUCAUUUGGACAGAAAAUAAUGUUUUUACUGCCAAACUGAUCUUCCAGUUGUGUUCCCCUGGGUGUUAAAGUGCAUUUCUGAUGAGAAACUCGAGGCACAAUCUGCAGAAAUGCCAUUUUUUAAAGAAACCACUUUGGUAUGUCAUGUAAAUAGUGUCUGAAAAUGUUAAGGUAUGAGGGUCGGAAAGUUUUAUUUCUUCAUGCACUCCAGCUGGUGUUUGGUUUUGUAAGAAGCCCAGUAUGUUAGGGCGAGAUGUGCAAUUAUACAGGCUGCAUAUAGAUUUUGUAGCUGAAUUUUAUAAUCAUACAAGUUUGUAUUUUCUUUGUCAUUUGUCAUGUUUGACAGAUUUGUGUUGAUUGUUCAGUGAACCUGUAAUUUGAUGCUGUGGUCAUACAAAUGCUGUAAAUAAUUUUGCUGUAAACACUCACAGGGCUUCAGUUAAUUUGUAGCAAAAGAUGGGGUUUGGUCCAAUCCUAAAAAACAAAUA